AUACUUCAUCAUCAAUAAUAAUUUAUUGAAGUCUAAGAAAAAACCAAAUUCGCAUAUUCUAAACUCAAAAUCUGAAUUAGUAAUAGACUUCAUAUAAUCGCUGUGCCAUUACGGGAAGAUUAAGUAGUUCCUUUAUGUCAUAUACAUGAAAGAAACAUUAUACAAGAAAAGUUUUUCUGGAUAUUGUCAACUGGGCAGUACGCGUCAAAAUACAACUAAAACCGAUCUAAAAGUCUAACGUCAUGGCUCUUAACGACAAAACUAAUUCCUCUGCAAUGAGUUGCAAGAAUGUUUCGAAUCCCAUCAAGUGUCGAAUGGGAAACGAUGGUAAAGCAAUGCUACUUCGAUUGCCCAGCAUUCGCCGCGAUGUGGGACGUCCCAAGAUCUUUGAAAACAGCAAACUUAUUAAAAGUAUACUCUUAGACAAUCCCAACUUCACUUCCAUCGAUGUGAAACGGAAAUUAGAGUCACUGCAUGGCAUCACAAUGAGUCGACGUACCGUUCAACGUCGUAUCAGUGAAAUACGAACCAAGCAACUGGAGUUGCAGGACGAAAAUGAAGAGAAUUUUGAAAUUGGUCACCUUAGUAAGGAAGCCAAAAAGAGACGCUUGGAGUGGGCGCUGGCCCAUCAGGACUGGACGGUUCAAGAUUGGCGUAAUGUCUUCAACUUGAAUGAUAUCAAGUUUAUUAGUGGUAACCUUACGCCCAAGCAAAUCUGUGCCGACUCUUUACUAGGACCGGAGGGAACUGCCAAUGAUCUAAAUCUUCUUGAACAAUUGAUGUCUAUUAUUGAGCCAAAAAUAAGGGAACUGCCACAUGCACCAAAAAAUAUAAAUCAAUUCCGAAAGACACUCUAUAACAUAUGGGACACUGAUCAGGAAAUGAUGGACAAAAUUGAGCUGCUGUACGUAUCCAUGACAUGGCGUGUGGCUUCUGUAAUAAAAAGUGGCGGAGAGGAAUCCGAUUUUUGACUACUUGCAGCUUUACCUAGAGGGUAGAGGUAGACUACUACUACCUAGACUUAGUAUUAUGUUAAGAAACUUUAAAAAAAAUGAUACUAUACUUUUUUUUUAAAUUCAACCAAGCUUAGCAUAGAAAACUCAUUGUCUUAACUUUAUAAGAGUAAACAAGUUAAUAACUUGUAUAAUUGUUCCUAAAACCUGAGAUCCUAGAUCAAGGUGUUUCCAUAAUUAGAUCGUUCCAUAAUUAAAUGGAACAACCAAAUAAUUUUAAUCUGAGACAAGUCGUCGCCAUAAAACAAAUAGUUUAGACAGAGACAGACAUUGAAAAAAAGUGUAUAUUUCUGUUGCCAAAUUUUGUCAUAAAAUUCACUUUCACUGUCAAUUUCUUUUUCAAAUUUAUUCAAAAUUAGCAUUCAUAGUUCACUUUUGCAUAAAUUCGACAGCAGCUUUUCGCAUACAUGAAUACUUUAAAUAUAACAAUUUUGUAUUAAGAAUUUUUGAUAUACUAGAAUAAAGAACAAUGGAAA